UUUUUACUGAUUCUUUCUAGUUUCUAGUUUCUUGCUCAAGUUUCAAAACAAAACUACGGCACCUACUUCUAAAUUUUAUUUGUUUAAAAAUGUCUGCUAUUAAACUUUACCACUUCCCACUGAGUGCUCCAUCGAGAGGAGCCUUAUUAGCUGCCAAAUUAAUUAAUGUGCCCCUAGAAACAGUGAUAGUUGAUUUGUUUAAAAAGGAGCAACUCAGUGAAAGUUUUCUGAGGAUUAAUCCGCAGCACUGCGUUCCUACUCUCGAUGAUGAUGGCUUCAUCCUAUGGGAGAGUCGCGCCAUUGCGUGCUACCUGGCUGAAAGAUACGGCGACGACAAAUACUAUCCUAAGGAUAUCAGAAAACGGGCGCUUGUGAAUCAGAGGCUGUACUUUGAUAGUUCAUUUUUGUAUCCCAGGAUCAGAGCAAUCUGCCAUCCCAUCCUUUUCAGUGGAAUAACAGAAAUUAAGGAAUCAUUGAAGAUAGACUUGAACUCAACACUUGGGUUUCUUGAUCAGUUCCUGGCAAACUCCAAAUGGGUAGCUGGUGAUGAGCUGAGCAUUGCUGAUACAGCAAUAUUGGCAUCCAUGACUUCUAUUCUUGAGGUAGGUUGGGAUAUUUCUGCCUUUCCUAAUAUUCAGAGGUGGCUCAAUGACUGCACGUCCAUCCCUGGGUAUGAAGAAAAUAUGGAGGGAGCAAGAUUAUUUGGGGCAGCUGUUAGGAAGAACAUUAAGACUUAAUAAUAAAUAAUUUUAUUAUUUAAACAUA